GUGAAAACAUUCGCAAAGUCAUCUCAAGAUCUUUCUGGUUACUGUGCCAAGUUGUGCAAGUUGUGGUCCGGUUAAAAACGUUGCUUGCUGACGUAAAAGCAUUGUUUCUUCAUCGAACAAAGAGUUUAACUAAUUUUACAGGGAAUAAGGAAGUGCUGUUAUGUUACCACGUGACCGAUCUUUACAGGCGGUUCUUGGAAUCCAUUCGCAGAAAAUUACUGCAUAAUUAUUGCAAUAGGAGCAAAGAAUUUGACUAUUUUGAGGCAAUGUGGUCGGAUGAUGAUGACUGUUAUUUAUAUUCACCGCACUAUUUUGGUUCCGAAAUGGACGACAGUGACGUCGAUGAGUAUUACUUCGAUGAAGAUGACUAUUGUGGUUACAGUAGCGGCGAGACUGAAUGUUUGAGGAAGUUAGCCGCUCGUCGACAUCACGACCACGACGAGGACAGCGACGAUUCAUCAAUUUCAGAAAACACUUCUUCUACCAGUUACCAGAUACUGUCCCUUCAAGACUUGUGUUGUCGUUACAUUGCGUUGAAGUUCCCGUUCGCUUACGUCGAGCAUCGCUCCCCUCCAAUCCCAGAUGAGCUGCAACUGAAGAUUAUCGGUUUUUCAUUUCCAGAGGAUGAACAGAUGAUAAUGAAGUAUGCACAGUUCAGCCGUAGUGGUGUGGACUUUUCUUCAGCGAAAUCAAUGCGUGACAAUGGAAGUGUGAAAAAUCUGAGCCAGAUAGGUAGGUGUGAUUCAAGAACAAUGGGGCUAUUAAUAGAAAUUAAUUGAGAGGUGUCUUUAGUCUGAAUUUUAGCCGUCUUUACCGAUGGUGAUGUCAUUUUUCUCGCUAGUCAGCAACUUGAGAAAACAGCUGAAAUUCAGGUCCCAGACAGUAGUCAUGUACUCAAAUACAGUCGACUCCCGAUAACUCGAACCUUCAAGAGAAAUCAAAAUAAAGGUUCGAGUUUUCGGGAGUUCGAGUUUUCGGUAGUUCAAAGAUAAUAGCCGAGAGUAAGGUAAAAAACAGUUUUUACUGUACAGUGAACAUUUUAAUCACAUUUAAUUGUCGAAAUGUCGAGUGAAAAUUAAAAGAUACUUCUAGAAUAUAAAUGAGAACGUAAUGUAAAAAAAACAUAGCCUAACUGGAGCAUGCCUUUUACUGUUUUGGGAAGAAAAGCUGCUUUACGUUGGCUUGUGACAAUUAACAUCAGCCUCCACAAGUAAACUAUACUCCUAUAACACAUCAAUAGGAAAUCCAAAAUUCAGUGUUUCAGAUGCCCGUAGAUGGCUUUUCUCCCGACUUUUUAAGGGCGGAACACAUGGUUUGAGUUAUCGAGGGUAAAAUUGUAUAGAAAAUGACCGGAGAGGAAACUAAAAUUGGUUUGAGUUAGCGGGAGUUUGAGUUACCGAGGGUAAAAUUACAGUGAAUGUAUGACGGAAAUCCAGGGGAAAUCGAUUUUGGUUCGAGUUGGCGCGACGUUCGAGUUAGCGAGGGUUUGAGUUAUCGGGAGUCAACUGUACUUGUUUCUUUACCUUUCUUGUAUGUACACUGUAAUAGUACAGUCGAAACUCCACUAGCGACCACCUCUGUACUUUGUCCCUGUGGACAGUUUAUACAUUGACUCUUAUUUAAACCUCUCCACAAUGGCAAUGGCCACUAAAAUGUGUCCCCAACUGCCAAAAUAACCUCUCGACAAUGGCCAGUUUUUUCGGCAAGUUAUGAAAAGUCAAGAAUGGUCAUGGAAUUUGAUCCAUAUGACACGUUGAUAAUUAAUAGCGGCAAUCAUAUUUUGAUCUUGUUUCAUUUAAACUGCAACAGUAAGCAUGAAUUGUCUACGAUACUUAUAUAUAGGGUGUUUUCACUCACGUGGCAAACACCUAUGCAAAUUUAUUAAAACAAAAGAAAGCCUUUGCGUAAGAAAAGAGUUCAACUCCCAAAGGAUUCUUUUGGGAAACCAACAUGGCCGCCAUUUCAUUGUUUUGGGACACCACUAUGGCCGCCCUCACGUCAUGUGAAAACACUCUAUAGUCACGUUAGCGUUUUAAUUCAAAUCAUAGUUCCAGCUUUUUUCAUCCUUUAUUACUAUUUUUGAUCCUUAAAUAAUGAUCCCUUAAAUCCCCAUACAAACCCUUGUAAUAUUUCUGUUAUGCAACAUCGAUUCUCAUUCAUGACGUUGGAGUACCUGUGGAGACCAGUCUAUAUUCAUAAUAUACAAUCAGUGUUCCAGUUAUUUCUGGGGGGUCAUUUAGACAAUCUGAGGGGUCACCCAGACCACGUGCUAAUUUUUUUUGUUAUAUUUAACUUAACGUUUAUAUUUCAUCUGUCGAGUCAGGAAGCCUUCCUUGUCGGGCCAUUGACCCGAGACCCAUCUCUUAUCUGGAACAUUGACAGUGCAGGUUAAUUUUAGUAUAAUAUGUUAGAAGUUUGAAUUGCAUGUAAUGCUAUCAAAUUAUCUUUGAUUUACGUGUACAUGUGUAGUAAGCUUUUCCAUAAAUUAUCAACCUCCAUAGCUGUAUUUAUAGAUGAUUGUAGCAUGGUCACUUAAAGUAAGGCCCCUAAAGAGUUCUAAAGUGUGAGGUCAUAAAAAAUAACUUUUGUGAAAUCAUGGGAUUCAUCAGGAUAUUCUGCAAGAACAACAUCCAAGAGGCCUACUUGCCAACAAUAGUAAUUUGCCCCAAAGUGCUAAUUGUUAGUAUUUUGGGGCAAAUUGUCUCUGAGAUUUUAGCCCAGAUAUACUCUGAUGACUCCAUACAAAUCCUUCUAAAUUUGACUUGGGUCUAAACAUGUUCUUUCAGAAUAUCCUGACGAAUCCCAUAAUUUCACAAAUUUAAUUUUUAUGAUGUCAUCACUUUAGAACUCUAUACUGCAUGCAUUUAACACAUGCCUAAGGGAUUUGCAGAAUAAAGAGGCCAUGCAGCGGGGCAGGUUACAUAACACAUGUUGCUAUCUGAUAAGGUGAUAUUCAAAAAAAUAUAUACAUGUAUAUCAAAAAGUGUCAAGUGUUUGAAAAAAGCACAAAAUAUGUUGCUAAACUGAAUUUCAAAACCUGUCAUUUCACCCACAUGUACUGAGGAGGAAGCCAUGUCCCUCCUGAUAUUCUACUAUUGCAAUUGCAGUUCAUCUUGAUUACCAUUGCAAAACUUCUUCUUUUCGUUUGUCGCCAAUUCAGUGUUCUUAUGCCAUGUCAGUGGUGGCAUUUUCAAUAAUUUAUAACAGGGCUAAAAAAUUGGGGUAACAUGAUAUCUAAGAGAUGUUAAUUCUUCUGAAAGAAAAAUCGUUGGUUAAGCACUCUUACUAUAACAAUAAUGAUGAAAUGUUUUGACAUUUUUUAUUGUUGUAGGCUUCCGUUUGAGUGCGACAGUUGAUCACAACAGGGGCAGUAGCAAUGGAAAUGGUUAUUAUGUUACUGUCCACUUUGAUCGUGGGAAGAUAACCUCAGCUCACUGUUCUUGUGAUCAGUCUACAAAUUGGUGCGCACAUGUUAUAGCAACAUGUUUGGCAAGAAUAAAGGACAGGAACACAGUGACAAUUCGAAUGCCAGUCUCUGACUCACUUAAUUUGCUGGACCGGGAACAGUUAUUAAAAUUUUCUCAGUACCUUUUAUGUGAACACCAGAAUGAACGUACAGUGGAAACUGCGCAACAGCUGCUUGAUAAGCUGUUGUCCAAAGGACAGAAAGAGCAAGACGAAGACAUAAAUGCAAUUGCAGGGGCACCAGACCCUACUGCUGGUCCAGGUAAGGCUGUCUAUGGAAACAAAUAUGCCCCUAUGGAGACAAGAAGACCCUAAACACCCAUCAACACAGCAGACUCACAAAAUAUAAUAUAUAAUACCCUACUGAAGUUUUAAUCUAUUAUCAAAUAAUUAUUAUCCUUUUGCUUAAUAUAAAAGCAUGCCAAGUGCAAUUGAAAGGGGAAUCUACAUGGCUGUACAUGUAAAGCUGUAGCUGUCACUUGGGUCUUCCGUUUGCAUUAUUUGCCAUGGUGAUACUGUGACUUUUUAUCUUCCCCUCAUACAAUGCAACAUCACCACACAAAUAAUUCAACAUUUGUUUCAAAAUAUUGAUGCUGUGUGAACAGCUUAAGAUUGCUGAGAUAGACGUGAUUUUGUAUACCUAAACACUGCUGUACAAUUGCUGUAUGUUUUGACCCAUAUGGCACAACAUUGUUAGAACAACGUCACAAAAAAUUAAUAUACAUGUAUUAAAAAAUGUUCUCUGAAUGUCAUUAGGAUGUUCUGAUGUUUGAAUGGGGGCUGAAGGAAGAUAUGAAAUGUUACACUUGUUAGAAAGCAGAUUUUAAGCCAUUGCCUAUAAGGCACUUGACACGCUUUUUUGUCCCUGACUGAGCUCAAGCAUAAUUUUUCAGUCACUUUUGAAGCUUAUAUGAAUGAGAUUUUUUUCUUUCAGCCACAGCGCAAUUAUUAAGUAGAUUUGCCAGCUACUAUGUUUUUUGGUUUUUGAAGGUGAGGGGCAAUGGCUCUUAAAAGCAGUUUUGUUUACCCCUUCACUGCCGUAACUGAUACUAAUUGUGAGUAAAUAAAUUACUCAACAGGAUGGCAGGAAGAAGAGGAUGGCAAAACACUUGUGUUUGACAAACGUGACAUGGCUGUUACAUGUGUGUUUUGUCAUGAUCUUCACUUAACACUAAUGUUCUCUGGUCUUUUAAGAAAAUAUCUGUUUAAAGGAAGGUGAAGUUCGGUGGAAAUUUUUUUCAAACAAAAUUAUUGUCACACUUGUCAGACAGGGUUUGCCGUCUACUUUCCUCUCCCGUACUGUUGCCUAAGUUCACUAGUGACUAUGCACAAGGGGACUGAGAAGGCAGCUCAAUUGCAAUUCCCAAAUUAGCCACUUUUCUCUUUUUGCAAAGAACACUCAUUAUUAUCAUUACUAGUAUUAUUAUUAUUAUUAUUAUUAUUAUUAUUAUCAUUUAUUCCUUUUUUUUUUUUCAAUACACCUACCCCUCAUAAAAAGCUUGUUGCAAAAAAAUAAUUAAUUUGUAUGUGUUAAUUUGUAUUGUUUGGUUUGGUAUUAUUAGGACUUGAUGAAGAGGCUCAUUGGUUUGUCUGUAAAAGCGGAUUCCAAUCCAGGUGUAAAAGCAUUGGUUUGUCUGUAAUGACAGUGAGGGAUCCGUUAAAGAAUUGUGGGAAAGAAACUGCCUUCAUCAGCCAGGUGUUAGAAAAAAAUGUUGUAGGUAUAAUAAUGUACAUUCAUGAGCUACCAAUCAUCUGGGCUUUUACCUGUUGGUAUUCAUUAAUUUAUUAGUAAAAUCCAACUAGGGUCUAAUUUGGCGGCAAAAAGGGAUCCGUUAAACUAUUUUUUUAUUCUCGAUUUUCGAAACUGCCUUCAUCAGCCACUUGUUAGAGGUAUAAUUGUUUAUAAUGUUGUACAUGUAUAAUAUUUUAUGUACAUUCAUGAGCUACCAGUCAUUAUUAACUUUCACCUGUUGGUAUGGCAACUGCAAGUCUAACUUGGCCAAACAAUAAACUACCAAAAUUGUAUUGCUAUUAGUGUCUCUUAUAAAGACUAUUUGCCCUAGAAUCUGGGCAAAACCACUGCCUAAGAAUUCAUUGUCUUUUUCUGGUUGACAUUUUUAGCUAGCUUUAGCUAAAAAAUGGCUUUGCUUAAGCUCCCUAAUAAGGCAUGGGUCGCACUUGGCAAAUUUCUGGAAGAAUUUGUUUACCUUGCGGUAAAAAUCUGUCAUCGGGACACAUUGCCAAGUGCGACCCCAAGUUUUCAAGUUGGAAAAAACUUUGAAAAUCGCGAAAAACAUCAAAGACGCCGUAUUGCUUGGGUGGGGCAGGCAGAUUUUGGAAAACUCGAGCUGAACAAUAGGAAUCACGGCCGUAAGUGUCAGCACUUGUCAGCGAAACGUGACCAAUUUGAAACACGAUCAAUUUGAAUCAAUCGUUGAAAUUUUCUGACGUUCGCGUUUUCGUUGUGGACGGACGAGGCUACCACUACUUUUCGCCAUUUUAACGUUUUUAAGAAAACUUUCUACGGGCGAGCAAUUCAUAAGCUUGUAAUCCUUCGCUAUUUCAACGUUUUUACGGGAACUCUCUACAGGCGAGCUAAUUAUAGUCUACCCAGGCACCGUCACAGGUUUGUUAUUCUCCGAGCUAAAUGCAGUCUUUGCAGCCAAGCACUUUAUUUUCUUUAUUUCUCUCAUCCUCCUGAAACUGGGAAAGGAGGAAAACGAUCCUACGCCAAAUGAUCGGACUACGAAGAGAUAAUGUUCUAUGGUAUCUGGCCUACUUUAGUUCUCAAUGUGUCAAAACAACGACAAUUAACUCCCACUAGUAAAUACUAGUGCGACCCUCCUCGAUUGGACUUAAAGUUUUCUUUUCCUGUUGCGGUUUCGAAUUUUCGUGGUUUUUUAGCCAGCAAAGAUGAAAACUUUUCCCAAGUGUGACCUAUGCCUAAGUGCCUUUCAGUGUUAUUAUGAAUGCAUGUCUUAGGAGGGUUCCAAGAGGAAAUACUUUUAUGGUUUCCCAUCCUUUGAGACAAAGUGUUGUAUCAGCUAAACCUAGUUUCAAUUGUGAAUGGCAUUGGUCUUAUUUGUAACUAGAUGAAAUGGAUCUACAGCUUGAUGACAGUCACUAUGGUUACUCGUCCUCUCAGAGGGUAAACAUUCUUCAAGUCCUGGAAACCACAGCUGAUCUGCUUCAGGACGAUUUCAUGAGUGCUGUGUCAGCUUUGACGACAUGCACUGAGCAACUCAUCGAACGACUAUCAGUGCUGUGCCAAGAGAGAUUAGUUAGUGUAACAUAUCUUACAUCACAGCUACGAAACCAGGAACCUAAGUCAAGUUUAAAACUUUCUGGAUCUCUGGCAGGAGGCUUUACUCCAAGACUUUCAAAGUAAGUGGGAACCAACAUAUAGUUAGUGAUUUCUUUAUUCAUGUUUUUCUUUUAUUGUACAUGAGCUAUACAUGUAUUUUGGCAUUUGCUAAAAAAAUAUAACAAUAAACAACUAUCUUAUUAUACAGUCUUAAAUGUUUAUUAUGUUUCAUCUCAUGCAUGCAAGAUGUACGACGGUCAGUGACGAACUUUCACGCCUUUGGAGAUUAGCUGUUCUCAGUCCAGGAAUUCCAGCAAAAGAGCACAAAGGAGUUGUUGGUCAACUACAGAGUUUAAAUGAAAGAGGUACUGUUGAUUAGGUGGCCAUGUGGAGAUGCCAAACUUCCCCUCAAGUGUUGAAAAAUAUUGUUCAGCAUGAGAAGAGAAAUUUCAUGUCUCCAAGCGACCAUGUGAUGUUCUAUUUAUUAUAUGAACACCAAUGAAGUACCAAACCAUUUGGGCAAUAUAUUAAGUAGCCAUAUAGCAGGGGUGAUGGGUGAAGAAUGAUAUCACGUUUUUUGUAAUACCCAGUAUUGUCAGUAAUUAUGACCUGUACCAAUAACAGACCAUUUUCGAUAUAUUAAAAUUCAUACUUGUCUGCGAAGCUUCGUUGAAUAAAACAAGAGAAAAGAAAUGUUUUAUUCAUUGCUGAGCCUCAAGGUGAUUUCUUUUGUUUUAUUACCGCAAGCCUCACAGCCAAGUAUGAAUUUUAAUAUAUUAGAAUUGGUCUAUUGGUUGAGCUGUGAAAAGAAGUAAGCAAGUCAACAGUACACAUUAUUUAGACACUGUCUUAUAAAAUUUGAUACCGAUAAAAUACAUUUCGAACCGAUCUAAAAAAUACUAAAAAUAGAGAUAUCGAUUAUGAAUACUUUUAAUAGUUUUAAUUUUUAAUUGUACAUUUCACGACGUAUUUUAAACAUUUUUAACAGUUUUUAAUUUUUAAUCGUACAUUUGCUUUUAGUACUUCUUAUUUUCCGUGUAAUUGUUAGUAUGCACAACCCCACCAGCAAUGCUGAUCUUUUUAUCGUGCUAAAAUAAAGUUUUUAUCUAUCUAUCUAUCUACAUAGGCAAACUGAUCAAUGAUAGUGUAGGAAUCUUGCUCUACAACAUUGUAAAAAUCUAUUUUGACUUUAAAGCUUACUUUGUCGACGUACUAAGAGGAAACAUUUUUUAAAAGUUUCUCCUGGGAACUUGCAAUGAUUAGUAGAAUGCCUAACACGUUUAUUUACAAAUCCUGUGUGCUUUGGUUUUAGUUUCUGUAGCUUUUGUAACUGGUCCAGUUCGUCCAUGGCAUGGCUUGGAAGUUGCUGUUAAAUUAUCCUCCAUUGACUGGAAUUUACCUGACUUUCAGCAAGUCCUUAAAGGAGAGUGGACUUACAUUCCUGUUGUAAGCAGCUGUAUGGCUAUCCAGUUGACUUGCCAAUCAAAGAAUGCAUAUGUGUCUGAGUGGAUGGCACUAGAGCAGUGUGAUAGUGACAUCAGGGCAGCCACUUGUACAAAGGAUGAUUCAAACAUCACACUUUCGUUUUACAACCCUCACUGCAUUGCAUUCAGCUCUCAUUGCAGCAUUGAUAUUCACUCAGUAUGUUCUAUAAUCGAAGCUCUGAAUGCUUCUGGCCAUCACCGGCGUGCCAUGUGCCUCACUGUGUCAUUAUCAUAUGCUCUUGUUUCAUUCUACAAGAAGGUUCUCUUUGGCCUGUGUGAUGCUUCAUCAAUGCCUGUGUCUGCUAGAUGCUCACUUGGAACCGCACAAUACCAAAAUGCAAGAAAGGCAGAUGGCAACAAAGAAUCUGAUUCUCCAAUGGAAGUAGAUGUUUCCGGUGACAAGCCACCUACCGUCUCCAUUUGGCCAGAGGAUACACUUUUGGCAAUUAGUACAUUUGCAUUCCUUUUUGAGUUGUUGACACAAAAGUCUGACGUUGUCGAUACAUCCAUUGCAGAAAUGAGAACGAAACUAAACCUUGAUAUUUCUCCAGUCAAUGUACCUGACUGUCCUAAGACAGCAAUGUCUCUGAAGUUUCAGUUAGGAUUAGUAGGAUUGUGUCUACAGAAGUUGCCUGCAUCUUCUCUACGUCAUGAGGUAUAAUAAUUAUUAAAUUGGUCCGUUCAUGCGAUACGUACAGUGAGAGACAAGGUUCUCUUCUCUAGAGACGAGAGGCUGGUCUCGCGAGAAAUGAGACGAAGCUAAUAACUUACAUUUGAGUGGUGCUCAAAUUAUACUUCUUAUGAACCAAGUGCCAAGGCUGUAGUGGAAGAAGGUCUUGACCUUAUGAACCUCGUUGCCUCAGGUCUGUGCAAAAAAGACCGGGGGUCUUCAUCCUCUCUGUACAGUCCCUAGUAAGCAUCAGUCCACGAAUAAUUAAUGAUCUAUUAAAAAAAACUAAAGAAUUUGGAUCUGACAUGUCAAGCGAGCACCAACAGGAACUAUCUUUUUGUCAGCGUAUGGUCAGUUUUUCAGAUGUACAGCCGAAUUUGAGUAGAGUAUUAUCGUCUCAGAAUAACAGUAAACAAGUAGCUUAUUUCUGGUAAAUGUUUUCUGUUUGUUUGGUUGUGAAUAUAGGUGGAAGAGUACAACAAUGAGUGCUGGCUAACCUACCAUCUGAUCUGCUGUAGUCCAUCAGAUGCUGACCUGGCAUUCCUCACACAUCUUGGACAACACGUCUCUCAGGGUGUUGCCACGCCGAGUCCAACACCUCAGUCAUCGCUAUCACGGGUGAUAUUCCACCAUCUUUUUAAAAGUGCACCUGCGGCGCUUAGCAAGACUCUGUCAGAACAACAACAUAUAGGUCUCAAAGCAGCGCUUAAUGUCUUGUCUCACGUCAACAAGUUCACAGUUAAAGACAGCUCUCCCACGUGGAUGCUUUUUGAGUAUGCAAAUUGCAGACUUUGGGCUAAGCUAGCCGAGGUUGUUCUUCGUUCGCUCUCUGACUCACCAGAGCUUCUAGGUGAAGCAAUGUGUCACGUUCUUCAAUCGGACGGAACGCUCGGUGCCCAGUCGAUGGAGAGCAUAUCAACUGACUCAACUCCAAGUAAUGUUCUGUCACGUUUGCGGAACAUUGAGUUGAUAUCUGGAAAGUCGCGCGUGGCUUACCGCCUAGGACGAGUGCUAAGCGAGAAACAGGGUAACUCAAUAAGAAUUUUGCAGUUUAAGGCGUGGAAUUCUCGAGGCGCAUUUACGAAAGGAGAGAGUUCCGAGAUGGACAUUCCAAGGAAGAUAAUGAAAUCUGGAGUGGAGAAGGCUUUGAAGCUCUGUGCUGUUCAGAUUGUUGCGCACAGUCUGUGGUUACAGAGACUGGCUGAUAAAGAUCGCUCGCGUCAUGCUGACUCUGUCAGGUACUUGCUUUACUUCUUCAGCUAGGUUCAGCCUUCCAAUCACUUUGAAGGUGCAAAAACUUAAUUUGCGCCAUAGAAGCAUUAAAUGCUUGUUGUUUCUCGCUGAAUAUAGUGAAAACAUGUAAGCAAGGUAACUGCUGCUCAACCAUUUAGGAAUUCACUGUUAAAUUUAUUAUUAUUAUUAUUAUUAUUAUUAUUAUUAUUAUUAUUAUUUAAAUCUGUAAAGAGUGAAACAAAAGAAUCUGUUAUUGCAAGAACCAAUGCGCUUCUGGUUGGCGCAUUAAUAUCAAUAGGUGACGUUAGCGUGAGUAUCACUAUUGCUUGCUUGUUUUGUAGUGAUCUUUACUUAACACCGCUGUAUUACUGUUUUCCGGUCUUGUACAAAAAGAUCUGUUUUAAAGAAGGUGAAGUUUGGCGUAAUUAUUGUCGCGCUUGUCACACAAGGGUUGCCGUCUUCUUUCCAAUUCUCUGCCGUCCUUUUGUCUAAGUUCACUGUUAUUUAUCCAAUGGGGAGUCCCCUGGUUAGAAGUGGCACGUACAAAAUGGAAUUAUUCUUUAUUUAAGAUUUAUAGUUGCAUCCUUAUCGUUUAUCUUAACAUUUAACAACAAAACUGUUUUCCAACGCUUUUAGUCCUAGGUGGUUAAUAGACCUUGUCGUCAGUUCUGGAGUUGAAAGCCUUGAAUGCCUUGUUCAAUGCAAGGGAGAUGUCACUACCAUCCUCAAACAAGGUGACCUGCUGGAUCUUUGCGAGAAAUUUCUCAGGGUGAGCCAACGUUAUGUCCAAGAAAUGAGGGGCUUGGGGCGGGUCAAGGGAUAAUUCUCAACUCCCAUACGAUUACUUUAGGUUGCUCUUUCUACCUUCAUCUGCUCCAUUUGUUGGCAGUGCAUUGUAACGCAAUUCACCACUUUAGAAACGAGAAGGAAAUUGGAGCCGAAAUUCGUCCCGCAAUUGUUUCUGGGAUCGUUGUUGGGGACGCACCGGUCAGCUAUUGGUCACUUAAGGAAACCAGAAGGAAAUUGGCCAAUAGCAGACCGGCGCGUCCCCAGUAACGACCUCAGAAACAAUUGCAGUAAGAAAGGUACCCCUUUCGUAAACCUUGUAUUGACAAACUGCAAUACCUACAAUCCUGGACAAAAGUAAGCAAAUUGGAGCCGAAAUAUGUCCCGCAACUGUUUCUGGGAUUGUUACUGGGGACGCGCCGGUCAGCUAUUGGUCACUUAAGAAUACCAGAAGGAAACUGGGCCGAGUUAACUUUUGCAAAGGCUUCUGGGACGGUUACUGGGGACAGGGAAAAAACUGGCCAAUAGCUGACCGGCUUGUCCCUAGUAAUGAUCCCAGAAGUCUUUGCGAAAGAUUACUCGGCCCAGUUUCCUUCUCGUUUCUAAAGUGGCGAAUGUGCAAAUGCUUUAGAAAAAACUUCUUUUAUUUGCUGGUUUUAAUCUUCACGUUAUCAAUAACAAAACUCGAAAUCAUUCAACAAAUUAACUAAGUGAAGAAAGGGAUAGGCAAAACGUCUCGUCAAGUUUCAGGUUUGUACUUAUUGUCGUUUGUGAGAUAUUCAGAGAAAUGUUUCACCCAAACUUAUUGAGCUUAGUCAAAAUACGCCCUGUUGGUACACCUCAGAGGGACCAACAUUCCUUCCCUUUAUCUUUGUUCUGAGGACCUCAUAGUCAAGUUGAAUUCUAAAAAGACUGAAAAAAAACCCUUUUGCUUUGACGUGUUUCCAGUGCCAUUUGUGUAAUGUCUUUCUUUUUUUUAUUGUGUUCAGUCUUCCACACAUGAUUCGGAUGUUGAGGGAAAAAACUCUUCAAAUUUGAACUGUUCAUAGGAGAAAAUUCAGAUGUGACAAGCCGCGUGUUGUUUUUACUGAAAUUUCGACAAUCAAUUUAAUUUGCUUUUGUUAUUUGCAGAAAGCCGAGACGGAGAAGCAAGUAAAAACCAUCGUUCAAAACAUUCUUCUAUUAUUAUUACAAAAGGCUAGCCAUGCUGAAGCGGAAGACGAUUUGAGGAGCAUAAUAAAUUUUUGCAGGUAAACACUCUUUGUUCUCUCUUCAAAUAAAUGCUCAUAAGUGUACAUGUCCAUCUCCUUCUAGAGCCGGCGGGCUUCCGCAAAACUUACCGUAGCUUGUUUGAAACAGUAGCACUUUUCAGUUUUAGUAACUGCUGUGUUUGUGAUUGGCUGGAGAAUUCCGCGCCAUUUUCUUGAUCAAAGCCACGUUUCUCCCUCGCCUAGCGCUGGCUACACGCAUUUGCUUUGGGGGAAACGGGUCGCUUUGGUACAAAAUCGUGUCGAUAUGAUUUUAAGCGCUGAAAUAACACAAAAAUUUCGAUCACUUCACGUGUAGUUUGCGCGUGAACCAAAAAAAAAAAAUUGGGGUCAAUUUUCUUCGUUUUUUAAGUUAAGUACGUGAAACUAUUUUCACCUUGACUGAAUAAAAUUGUAUGGAAACGACUUUGUAGCGAACGUCCGAACCACCGGUAAGCGCUUUGAGAUCUCAGUGGUUCGUGUGAUUGCUUGCGCGUAUUGGUAAUAGUCCUAAGUCAUUACUUUGGUCGUUAGUUUUCGCGACUAACAUGAACGAAAAACGUUCUUUUUUGUUUGCGUCUGCAAUUUACCCCACAAGUACAUAUAACACUUCCAGGAUUAUUCCUUUAUUCAAACACAUUUUGACAUGCAUUUUCAAUAACUAUGUAGAGGAAAGCGAUGCGCAGCUCAGCUGGAUCUACUGCCGUGGAUUUGUACAGGACUUCAAAACCUCCACAGUAGCGGUUCAUAUGUGCCGUUUGAAGUGCUCAUGGAUGCCAGCCAUGCAAUGCUGGAACAUUACAAGGAGAGGCUAGCUGAAACAGAAAGUCACAACCAGACGGAGUGGGGUCAGAAAGGAUUUUUUUAUUUGGUGAGAUGUUUUUUUACAUUGCAUCAGCACACAUUAGAGAGUUUAACAUGCCACCGUGAUUGCAACGGUGUCUAAAAUGUCCGCGUCAUCGCGACUAUUCCAACGCACUCACUUUGUCGAAACUGUUCAAAAAGAGAAAGGAAAGUUCGUCGUCGUUUGUUUAGGUUCUUCAGAAAAGGUAAAAUUAGGUAAUCUAACGUCGUAGUCGUAUUUUAAAUGCACGCUCAGAGUUCUCGUUUUGCUCAUAUAAACUAGUUCUCACUUCUGUAGCCGUUGUGGCUUCUUCAGCUCCCCAUUAUUCAUUAAUACGGACACUUGGUUCUGUCCCUUUGGUGCCCUAAUUAUUGAGUUUUGACUGUAUUUGUACACGAAGGUUUAUUAUUGACUCGAAACGCGUCGCAUAUAAAUAUAACUUGCGUGCAUGACAUUCCACGAAAAAUUGCAGUGUUGCUUACGGCCUCCAAGUUUCUCCACCAAUAAACUGAGAAGAAUGCGACUGCUUAAAAAAUUUUCGUUCAACAGAAAUUGCCGGGAGAGACUUAAUAACAUCAACUGUAACACGACUUUGAACUCGAAGUUCAGUGUAGUCUACGCAAUGAUAAAGGAAAUCGAACAGAAAAUUUGGGGGAAUUAAUAGGGAAAAACAUUGAAAAUUGUCACUUGUGAAGAGUUGUAAAAUUGCAAGACAAAGCAAGGUCCUGAAGGCGAAAAGGAAAGAUUUUUUCAAGAGGCACACAGGCACAUACAGUGCAAAGUGAACGUUUUAACUCGUUUCGUUCUGGAAACCUUCGGCUACUUUGAUAACAGCGUGUCUGUAAACUUACACUUCAUGUGCUCAUUUGUUAAGGCUCAUAUCUCAAGCCUUCUAAUGGUAUUUAUGUCCAUUUUCCUUUAUAGAGGCGACUAUUUAACGAAGGACCACAUGGAGAUGAUGACUCCGACAAUGACGAAAGUUGCGACAGUGUUUUGGCCAACAGAAAUCCGUUCAAAACUGCUGAAGCACAUCCAUUUGUCGAAACCGCGUUUAACUUGGGUAUGCUGGGUUUAACAAAACUCGAAGAGAAACUUGACGAACCAAGCCACGACAGGGCUUACUUUCAUCGUAUUAGCCGCCGCGUUUGCCCCGUCAAGGAGCACUUGAGUGAAUUUUGCAGGUGUGCGUUCCUCUUAGUUGUCUCUGUAUUCUUGACGUUUGUUAAAUCUAUAAACGUUUUCACUCUAGUCGUUAGUGGUAUAGAAAAAUUCAAGUUUCAGUUUGCAGUGCCAAAGAUGUCUUAUUUGAACGGUCACUCGUAGGAUUUUGUCCGCUUAAAGUUACAGCUACAUGCUAAGUAAAUAUUAUAGUACAACGUUAAAGAGCUGCUACAGCUGUUUAAUUUGAAUGGUCAUACCGAAAGAAUUUCAUCCACAGAAUCAAAGUAACAGGUAAAUUGCACUAUUCAUUUAAACGGUCACCCAUAGGGUUUUGUACACUCAAAGUUACAGCUACAUACUAAUGAAAUAAAUAGUACAAUGUUAGAGAACAGCUUAAAGUGUUUAAUUUGAAUGGUGUUUCGAAAGGAUUUCAUCCACAGAAUCAAAGUAAGACUGGGAGCUAAAUUGCGCGACUCCAUGAAUCUCUUAGUGAAAGGGGGGAUUCCUUUAAGCAAGAUUGACACAAUCUUUCAACCAUUUCAUCAUCAACGAACCUUUCGAGUUACAUCCCCUGGAAAGUAUUUUAAUGUUUACCUCAGUUUAAUACAUGCUAUGCUUAAAUUGUAUCUUUUACACUAGACUUGUAUGCUACUUGGUGAACAAGAAGUGGCUGACGGAUGGACCAACGGUGAAGCUUGGCAAAAGAUCUCCUAAAAGGGAAGAUACGACUCCUGGGAGUUUGACUGGCAAACCUGGCUGCAGCCACUGGGAAGAUGGUAAGUAAUCGAUCCGAGUUCAUCAAGUGA